AUGGUAGAAGCACUUGUAGAAGCAUCACCGAAGAAAAAUAGAUUAAAAGAGAGUAUAUCAUUGCGUCAAUUAUCUUCAAGAACAGAUGACAAUGAUAAUAAAGAAAGUACAACUCUUAUUUGGUUUGAUCCUAACAUUGGAUCACAUGAAGAUACAAAAAAUACGAAACAACAACUUCGACUUAUCAACGAUUUUGUUAUUUUCAUGACUGAUCUUGAUCAUUGUGUUUCAUUUAUUCAAUCGAUUAACAAAGAAAAGAUCUUCUUAAUUACAUCUGGGUCAAAAGCAUCACUACUUCUAUCACGAAUUUCUUCUUGUCAACAAAUUGAUUCAGUUUUUAUUUUUUGUAUACAACAAGAACGAUAUGAAUAUUUACUAAAUGAAUACUCGAAAAUCAUCGGUGUUUAUGUUGAUCUGGAUGAUUUAUGUCAAUCAAUUAAGAAGCAAGUUGAUUUAGUGAAUAAACAAAUUCAAACAUUUUCUUUUUUUGAUCAAAAAGAAAAAUCAACAAAAGAUUUAUCCAAAGAGUCUGCAUCGUUUCUUUGGUUUCAAUUGUUUAAUUAUGUCAUUGCGCGUCUUCCAAGAAAUCAACAAGCAAAGCAACAAAUGAUCGACAUCUGCAAAGAUUAUUAUCGUGGAAACAAAAGAGAGAUGAGAGCAAUCGAAGAAUUCGAAGAAACCUAUCGGCCUGAAGUUGCUAUAAACUGGUAUUCGAAAGAGUCAUUUGUCUACAAGUUAAUCAAUAAAGCAUUGCGAACAGAAGAUAUUGAUCUUCUUUACAAGUUUCGUUUUUUCAUUGGCGAUCUUUCGAAAAAUCUUCAACAAGCACAUGAAAAACUUUUAUCAUCAAAAGAAAAAAUUGUCAAUGUUUAUCGUGGAGUUCAACUCGGGAAAGCAGAGUUUGAGAAAUUGAAACAAAACCAAGGAAAACUGAUUUCAACCAACGGGUAUUUAUCAACGAGCCGAAGAAAAUCGUCAGCAGUACGUUUCUCAAGAGUACCAAAUAGGAGAAUGGAUGUAGUACCUAUUCUUUUUCAUAUCCAAUGUGAUAUUGAACACAUUAAUAAGAAUAUUAUUUUUGCUGACAUUAGCCAAUUCAGUGAAUUUCCAGAAGAACAAGAAGUUUUAUUCGACAUGAAUGCUUGUUUUCUUAUCGAGUCGAUUCAAGAAAAGGAUUCAUUGCAAAUCAUCAAGAUGAAUCUUUCAAAUGAAGGAUACAAAAUUACAAAAGAUUAUCUUAAAUUAACACGCCAAGAAACAGAAGAGCUGAGUGCUUCUAUUGUGUUUGGUAGAUUAUUACAUCAUUUAGGUGAUUAUGAUAAAUCACAAAAAUAUUUUGAGCAAUUGCUGAACGAUUCAGAAAAUGAAGAUCGUGCUUGGAUUGAAUUUAAUCUUGGGCGAGCUGCUUACUCUAAAGGUGAAUGGGGUGAAGCUCGAAAAUAUUAUGAUCGUGCAUAUGAUCGAAUGAUGAAAAGUGAACCGCCACGAACCAAAGAUUCUGCUUGGGUUCUCAAUGAUAUUGGUAAUGUCCUCUAUACACAACAAAAGUACGAUGAAGCCCUCGAUUAUCAUCAACGAGCAUUGAUAAUCCGAGAGAAAUUUCAUGCAUCUGACCAUGGAGAUACGGCUACGAGCCUAAACAACAUUGGUAAUACUCUCGGUGCACAAGGAAAGUACGGUGAAGCCCUUGAUUAUCAUCAUAGAGCAUUGAAAAUUCGAGAGAAAUUUCAUCCAUCAGGUCAUACCUAUAUUGCUGUGAGUCUGAAUAAUAUUGGCCUUUGUUAUGAACAUCAGAACAAGCAAAGCAUGGCACUUGAAUACUAUCGCCGUUCAUUGAGUAUAUAUGAGAAGUUUCUUCCUGCUGACCAUCCACAAAUACAGAGAGCACAAAAGAAUAUUGAUCGACUUUUUGGAAAAAACUGA